AUGCUACGUACUAAUGCGACCUCAGCAUGUAUAACUUGUAAAGAGAGGCAUGAAAGAUGUUUAAGACCUUCCGAGGGACAAAUUUGCACAAAUUGUAAAAAAUACAACCGUAACUGUAUUCCCGUUCCAGGACGCAAACGUGGACCAAAGCCACGCAGAUUUAGACCUAGGCCGGCCAAUUUCCAACCUUUUCCCAGUAUCAACCCUUAUAGAACUACUGAAACAUUUCAAAAUCCAUACGUUAAUCAAUCCCUCCCCUCAUAUUACUCUUUCGUUCACGACGAAUCAAUGCCAUACCACGAACGAAAUAACACAUUACCUCCUAACACUUUUUCUACCAGCUAUUCCACCGAUUUCUUUUUCAGAGCUCCUCUCAAUGUUAAUCCUUAUGAGAUUACCCAAACAUUUCAAAAUGCAUUCAUUAACGACCAAAAUUCUUUUCCUAGUUAUUUAAACGAUUCCUUCGAAAUUUCACUCCCUUAUAAUAAUGUUAUUAAUACACCUCUCAACAUUAACCCUUUUGAGAUUACUGAUACAUUCCGAAAUACUUCCAUCAAUCAAUCCCCCUCAUUAUCGUCGUCCUCCUUCUCUUUUAUUCACGAUGAAGAACCAAAUAAUGAACCAAAUAUCACAUUAUCCUCUUUUAUUCACGAUGGACAAGAGUCAAAUAAUGAACCAGAUAUCACAUUAUCCUCUUUUAUUCACGAUGAACAAGAACCAAAUAACGAACGAAAUAGCACGUUACCCCCUUUUAUUCAUGAUGAACAAGAGCCAAAUAACGAACCAAACAUCACAUUAUCCUCUCUUAUUCAUGAUAACCAAGAGCCAAAUAACGAACCAAAUAUCACAUCACCCUCUAAUUCUUUCUCUACUGGCUGUUCAAACGAUUCCCUCUUUUUUGAAACUCAACAUUUUCAUAAUGAUACUAUCAAUACUACUCUCGACAUUAACCCUUAUACGUUCAUUUAUCAAUCACCCUCAUUAUCAUCACCCCUUUUCAUUCACGAUGAACCAGAACCAAAUAACGAAUAA